CUCUGGCAAUUACAAAACUACAGCGAUAGCGGCAACAACAAAUCUCACCCAACACGUUCUCUGAUAAGUAAGCAUCAGUCACCAUCAACACAGCAGACACCAGAGCGGAAUAUAAACAAUUCAUCUAGCCGCACUACUACUACACUCACUGUACAGCAACAAAUCAAUCUUUCUACAAAAAUGCCCCAAACAGUAACAAAUGGUCACUCUAACGGAUGCAGCGUUAAUGGCAAUGGCACACAAUACGAUAUGGAAGAUGGCCAGUCAUUCCUAUUCACUUCCGAAUCCGUAGGAGAAGGACAUCCAGAUAAGAUGUGCGAUCAAAUCAGUGACGCUAUUUUGGAUGCCCAUUUAAAACAAGAUCCUGAUGCAAAAGUUGCUUGUGAAACCGUCGCUAAAACUGGCAUGAUUCUCUUGUGUGGUGAAAUCACCUCAAAUGCUGUAGUGGAUUAUCAAAAGGUUGUGCGUGAAACUGUUAAGCACAUUGGCUAUGACGACUCGUCGAAAGGUUUUGAUUAUAAGACUUGCAACGUUUUGUUAGCCUUGGAUCAGCAAUCGCCAGAAAUUGCCGCUGGAGUGCAUGUAAAUCGUGCUGAAGAAGAAAUCGGUGCCGGAGAUCAGGGUAUUAUGUUUGGUUAUGCCACUGACGAAACUGAAGAAUGCAUGCCUUUGACUGUCGUUUUGGCCCACAAAUUAAAUGAGAAAAUUGCCGAAUUACGUCGUUCUGAAGAUUUCUGGUGGGCACGUCCCGAUUCUAAGACUCAGAUCACCUGCGAAUAUCUCUUCAAUGCCGGUGCUGCCGUACCCAAACGUGUGCACACCAUUGUCAUUUCCAUGCAACACUCCGACAAGAUCACACUCGAGGAUUUACGUACAGAGGUCAUGAAUAAAGUUGUCAAAGUAGUCAUUCCCGCCAAAUAUUUCGAUGCCAAUACAAUUGUUCACAUUAAUCCAUGCGGUUUGUUUGUGAUUGGUGGACCCAUGGGUGAUGCCGGUUUGACGGGUCGCAAAAUCAUUGUCGACACCUAUGGCGGUUGGGGCGCUCAUGGUGGUGGUGCUUUCUCGGGCAAAGAUUACACUAAAGUCGACAGAUCAGCAGCUUAUGCCGCUCGCUGGGUAGCCAAAUCGUUGGUGAAGGCUGGUCUAUGCAAGCGUUGCCUGGUGCAGGUGUCCUAUGCCAUUGGUUUGGCCGAGCCAUUGUCCAUUACAGUCUUCGAUUAUGGAACUUCACACAAAUCUCAAAAAGAAUUGUUGCAAAUUGUCAAGAGCAACUUUGACUUGAGACCCGGCAAAAUUGUCAAGGAUCUCGAUUUGAAGAACCCCAUUUACCAGCGCACAAGUACUUAUGGCCAUUUCGGUCGCGAAGGUUUCUCAUGGGAGCAGGCUAAACCUUUGAAUAUCAAUUGACUAGACGCUAAUCUGCAGCAGCUGCCUCAGCCACCGUGUGCUAAAAAGUGUAAAACUGCGUAAUUUUUAGUUUUAAUUUUAUCAUCUUAAUUUUUCUUAUUUUUUUUUUAAUAUUUUUAUUUUAAACUAUUAAUUUUUCGUUUGAAAAAGGCAAAAGAAUCAGGAACAGUGAAUCAACGUUUAGGGGCAUCCAAUAAUAAUUUCCUAAAAUAGGAAAGCCAAAGCUCUUCGAAAAAGGGAAGGGAAUUUGUUCGUCAAAUGCUUUUUUUUAGAUUUGCCUUUUUUGCAACAUUAAAUUGAUAGAAUUAGUUUUAGUUGUGUCAAAACAAAAAACAAAAACAGAUAAACUCUAAAUUAAAAUAAAGUUAAAACAACAGCAAAAUAUAAUAUAUAUAUUUUAUAAAACAAAAGAAGAGCCCCAACAAAUUUAUAAACAAAAGAGAGAAAUAAAAAAAUUAUGCUUACCACUGCUAUAAUUGUAAAUCAACAGAAAAAUACUGAAACAAUCCCUUUUGCCAUGUACAAACAGAUGUUUUUUUGUCGUCUCGCUAUUUGUCUUUUAAAAAAAGUUUUAAAUUUUUUUUUGUUUGUAUCUGUAGAACAAAGACUUACUACAACGAAACAGCCUAAUUGAAAUUUGUUUAAAUAUUUUCUGAUUUUAUUUUUGGAAUUUUUAUUUUAUUAUUCUAAUUUGUCUGUCAGCCAUAUCCGUAUGUGCCCCGUUACUAUUUCGCAAUUAUAGUGUGUUUUACCAAUUAUGUAUAUUAAUUUAGUCUAUUUAAAUUUUAUAAACAAAAUAUUUUAAUAAUGUCUUCUUCGUAUCGAAUCAACCAAUCAACCAACCAAACACCCCCCUUCAUAUGCAGUUGUUGUAAGAUUAAGUGUCCCUUCUGCUGCCCCCUCCCCGAAUAAAAAACUACAAAAUCUAUCUGUUUCAUCUCGUUUAUAUCCUCCCACAUGUACUACUUCUUCAAAAAAUUAAUAAAAAUAUAAACAAAUGUGUAUUUUGUA